UCAGAUACAAACAUUAGAAUUGAAAAAGAAGGCAAUUUCUUUGUUUACAUCUCAAAAACUGGUCUCAUUGCUUAUAUUUAGGAAACAGCUAUUAGUAAAUCAUCAGGAUUGUUGUAUUUCAAUGCGAUGAGAUACAAUAAAUGGCCCAGAGAACUUCUGAAACUUCUUGGAACGAAACAGAAGUUCGAACUUAAAAGAACGUUACAUUUGAGCGCUAAUGUGUCCCGCUUCUCCGUGCGAUCUAUUUCAACCUGUUGUAAAAAACUAAAGCUGCAUCACAAUCAACCAAAAGCAGUCUCUUCACCGCAGCAUGCUGAGCUAUUUGUAGCCUCGCUUCGGAAGUCAGAUCGCGUGAUUCUUGAAGAAGCUUUGAAAAAAUACAAUUCCGAAAAUGAAGGCCAGCAAGUUGUAAGUCCUCCAACUAUUAAACAGCUCAAGUUAGCUGCUUAUCACACAGCCAUUCCUUUCAUGGGUUUUGGAUUUUUGGACAAUGCAAUUAUGAUUAUUGCUGGAGAAUAUAUAGAACUAAAGAUUGGUGUGACCCUGGGAAUAUCUACUAUGGCUGCUGCUGCACUUGGGAAUAUUGUGUCAGAUGUAUCUGGUUUAGGCCUGGCUGGUUAUGUCGAGGCUUUGGCCACUAGACUCGGCUUCGAAGGACCUCAAAUGAACUCUGCUCAACUGCAAAUGACGAGAACUGUCGUUGCAACAAACCUGGGUCGUGGCAUUGGAAUAGUCAUUGGAUGCAUUUUAGGGAUGUUUCCACUCUUGUUUUAUAAAGAACCUGAAGUUGACAGGACUGAAACACCAGCAAGUGAUACAGACAAAACAUGACACACAGUCAAUAGGCUUGUGAUAAGGAAUAAAUUAUUUUAACUCACACUGACAUUGUAAUGUAACUCUACGAAAUCACAGAAU